AUGACUCCGAAUCCUGGACUCGAUACUGUUAAUUAUUUUGUUCAAAUGUAUCCUGUCGACAACAAUUAUGAUCUCCGUCUAUUAUCUACGUCAACACUAUCAGAGCCAGAAACUGAAACAGGGACCCAAUCAGUUUCUCCCCGGUCCGUUCUCUCGUCGAACCUCCUGCUCAAAUCUAGGGAGCAGAACAAAAGUAUGCACCCUACUUCUGAGGGUCAAAUCUCCGUCCAGAAGCGUAUGGAUGGGCUACUUGCCUUGGAUCUCAAAGGAGUAUUAUAUUGCUGGUAUCACGAGAACAAAUAUGAUACAGAAGUUGAGCUUAACUGUGGAAUUGAAGUUGAGGCCGAAGCCCUCAUCGCUGUCUCUGAUGAUGAAGGUGAAGAUGAUGAUGAUGACGACGGUCUUGAAAGCUCUUCAGCUCGCGCACAGCAGGACUCUUACCAAGACCAACUAGUUAAAUAUCUUUAUUCGCUAACAAUCCCUCCACUAAUUGCACUUUAUAAUUCGGAAGAGGGGUCAGAAGAAGCAUGGCUCCAAGUACCGAAGAGUGCUGCAAAAUUGCUGGUCGUCAGGUUAUCCGAACUUAUCGGAGAUACAAAUUUUGACAUUGCCAGUUUUGACUGGAAACCCGUCGUAAAAGGCGUAAUGUCUAAUCUGCGCGAGGCAGCAAAACAAAAAAAUGGAUCGGAGAAUAUGAAUUCAAUAGUUCUAUUCGAAAUGUUACUCGGACACUACCUCGAAGUUUACUCGGGGAAUUUCACAUUUCCAGACGAUGAAGACUUCCAGGGCAUCUCCACCGAAAGUACAGAUGGCCACAUUGGAUUUUUUAAUUACGAUAAGAAGAAUGAGGAGCAUGUCCGACGGCAACUUAUCUGGAGCAGCCAGAAAAGGGAUACUUCGUAUAUUAAAAGUAAAUAUGAGGAUACUGAAGAUCCUCAAUUAGGGAUUGUUAUUGACCGCUGGUUCCGUUGCUUCGACGGAUCAGGCUCGAAAGUGUUAUGUGAGAUUCCUGAUUGGUACGACCAUGGCCAGGAAAGUGUGGAGAAUCUCCGUGCCAAAAGGAACAACAAGAUUCUGAGAAGUCAUCAAACCGAUGAUGAGUUUCCAGUCGGGCAGGAAUUCCCAGCGCAUUUUUCCGCAGGUCCACCGAGGUUAUGGAAAAAUUGCAAAUUUGAUAAGCACGGUGUAAAGUAUCAUAUGACAUGCCCACUUACACCUCACCCUGAAUAUGUUGGAGAUGUUGAGCAAGAUACAACUGGAGGUUACAAAGGUCCUCUAGUAAGAAGAGGUGUGAUCACACCGCCGCUUAGUAGUCUCUUAGCAACACCUACGGGCCUUGGGACACCGCGACUAUCAGCUUCGGGCCAAAAUACACCCUUAGCAACCGAUGCACCUCGAGUAGCAUCCUCGUUGACUACAUCUGGUACCCCACCUCACGCUGCACCACUAGCACUGCCUAGCACACGGCCAGCCUUCGGCAGGAUGGGAGACACUCUUGCUUAUAUUGGCUUUUUUACUUUACUCACUCUCUUCGCGGUAAUCAUGUUUCUAGUCGUAAGCAAUCUAUUCCUCACUCUCCAAGAUUCCUUUGAUGCUCUCAAAGAAUGGAAAGAUAGACGAUAUGGUUCAAAAGGCAGGGGCUCAGCAGUAGAAGAGACCAAUCUAGAUCAAGGACCAAAUCACCCAGCGCCGGCAUACAUCUCUAGUGAUAAUGUUUAUCACAUUGGGGGUGGAGUGGGUGCCCCGAUAAGCGCAGCUUUGACGGAGAUCAGGCGGCUAUCCAUGGCAAGUACAGGGAGUCAGCCAGUGGAUGAAGGCGGCGAUACAAUUAAAAGGAAGAAAGUUGCGAUGAGAGGUGUCGUGGACGAAGAGAUUGGGAUAAUAUGA